AUGAGGCAAAUAAAAGUGUUAGUCUGCUUACUGGUCGGUGGAGUGGUUUCUUCAACGGAACAACUUCAAUUCAUAAGGAAUUUCCUAGAAGCGGUGCACAAAGACAGAUCUAUUUCAACAAUCCUUCUUAUGCAAAGCAAAGAUCAUAAAAAUGAUUUUCUGCACGGACUUUAUCCCAUACCGUGGCCUAUAAUUCGCUUGGACGAAACUAAAAAAAUGAAACUGGUAAACUAUUUUAACAAGGACUUCCUGGCUCUGGUUUAUAUGGAAUCUAACGAGGAUGCUUUGCUACUCUCGGCGUUGGCUGCCAACUUUAAUCAUAUUAGAGAGACCAGGAUUAUGAUCUGGUUACAGAUGAGUCCUUCGGAAGUUUUUAUUGAAAAUAUUGCUUUUGAGGCAGCUAAUCACAAGUUCCUUAACCUUGUGGUGAUAGAAAAUACAUUGAGAACUCGACGAUUUUAUCCAUUUCCGCAGCCAAUGGUGCAAGUUAUCGAAAACCUAUUCGAAGAAAAGGAAAUAUAUCCUGCUCAUUGGCGAAACUUCAUGGGAAAAAAAGCUUAUACUAUUCCGGACAUGGUGCCACCAAGGAGCUUUUAUUCUUUUGAUCCCAAAACGGGUCUCAAAAGGGAAGCUGGAUCUAUCUAUAAGGUCAUUAAAGUCUUUACCCAGAGAUACAAUAUAACCAUGCGCCUAAAAUGGCCCCCCAACAUAAAUACUACCCAAGAAGAAAUCAUCGAAAGGACUGUUCGGGGAGAGAUAGACCUACCACUAACCGGGCAGUUGAUUAACUUCAGACACCCAAAUGGAAGUAGGACACAGCCUCUUUUAGGAAUGACAACCCUAUCCAUUACCGUGCCGUGCGGCCCAGAGUUGCCCAUGUUUGAUCGGUUCUUUUUGGUCUUCGGACUGGCAACACCCAUCACCAUAGCUGGAUACUACGUCCUGUUAAGCAUCAUUGAUGUCUUACUUGGUACCCUAAGCGAUCGAGUCAAACGCCAUCUGAGACGUGAGAAAUUCCUGAACCUGGUUGUUAACCUACGGGUGUUUGGUUGUAUUUUGUCCCUGUCUACGCCUCAAGGGAAUCGACUCAGGUCCGUCAAGGGACAGUUGACCAUGGUGAUGAGUUUUACAGGCCUCAUUCUAUCCUGCAUUGUGGCUGCACAAACUAGCACUAUACUCACCAUGAAACCCCAAUACCGGCACAUCAAUAACUUUCAGGAACUGCGAGAUAGUAACAUAACCGUGAUUUGUAACCAACUUAAUUAUAAGACCAUCAAGCAGCAAAUGAAUCCCCAGUUUGUAUCCAAUUUCCUACCGAACAUCAGGAUUGUGACCAGCAUACAGCAGAUGAAGAUGAUUGUUGAUUUGAAUACGAGCUAUGCCUACCAGACAUUCUCCUACAAAAAGGACCCCUUCACGGUGCUCCAAAUACACACCACCCGUAGGGCUUUAUGUAGGUCCCCAGAUCUAGAUUUGGUCAGCGGACUUGCCUAUACUGCGGUUCUGGAGAAGAAUUCGAUCUACGCACUGCCUCUGCAGCACUACACACUUCAGGUCUUCAGUGCCGGUUUGGUCUUUCACUGGGGUGAUGAAGCUAUUCGGGAUCUCAUCUCCACACUAAAGCACACACAACUGGAAAAGCUACCCAUUGUGAUCGGCUAUCAAGCACUAAAGCUGCAGGAUUAUAAAAUCUGUUGGAUGAUACUCUUCAUCGGUGGUGCUGUAGCUUUUUGUGUAUUCAUAGGAGAAGUUGUUGCGGGCUGUAUAAAUCGAGGAAUAUUAAAGAUAUGA